GUCAAAACCCCAGUACUCGAACAGGAAUCUGACGUGGCUAAUGCUAUGGACGCAUCGGUCGCCAACGAUGAGUACGAGGUCAACUUCCUUAAUUCCAUCAUUGUCGAUCUUCAUGCUAAAAACGCAGCCCUCGAGGACCGCAUCAAACGGCUCAUGGAUCAGCAGUUCGGAGUUGGUUUGGAGAACGGAGAGUAAUUUUAUGCACAACCUUAGCUUGUUUAUCCUUUUCUGCCCAAAAUUGAGGCUUCGAGUUUAUCAUCUAGCUUACCGAUACUUAUUAAAGGACUUAAAGGGACACAUGGUAUUUUAUGACGUUAAAACACUCACGCGUUCAAGUGCUUAUUGGUAUAGCUGA